UAUUGGUAUAGUAAUAGGAUAUAGGAAUAAUCAUGAGUGUAUUGACACUGACAGAUGUACAUGUCACUUGUUCUGUGUGCCAUGUCACCAUGCCACUAAAUCAACUGAUUGGCCACGAAACACACCACAAAGCUUUAAAGGUCUUAAAAUUUAAAGAUGCUGGAGGUCCAGUUUCAUCAGAAGUUUUACUUAAACGAAGAAGGUUAAUCGUGAAAAAACUUGUUUCCAAGUACAAAGAACAUCCUGACAAAAGUGGAUUGCUGCAAAAACUUGAUAAACUUGACGAGUCAUCUAAUGUCGUACAAUCAAACUUAUAUCGGGGUCAGUCAUUAUACAACACGCUUGUUCCUCAUAUUGAUCGACCAACAUUGAAGGAAGGAAGUUUAAGAGUUGAAACUGAAGAUUUAAUAAAUGACAUUCGAAGCAAUGGUGUAUACGAAGGUCUACCAGAUUGUAUUACUGCUGUUGGUACUUGUGAAACAAUGAACAUUGAACAUAGGAAUGUAAUGGAGGAUAGGACUUUAAUAAACACAGGGUUUCUACCUCUUGAUGAUCAUUCCCCUCCAAGUUGUUACCUUGGUAUGUAUGAUGGUCACCAUGGACAAGCAGCUGUCAAUCAUACCAACCAAUACUUGCACACAUUCAUUGAAAAAGAGCUGGAAAACAUAAGAACUCCCGACUUUUUGACCGAUGAAAAGAAUCUAAACCAUGAUAAGAUAUUACAAGAGUUAAACAAUGUGAUAAUAUCCCCUCAAUGUGCUGGGGAUGCAGAAACUAUGCAAGAUACAAAAAAUGAUACAAAUUUACUUCCAACUGCAAAAGUACUACAAUGUAUGUCGAAAUCAUAUAAAAAAAUGGAUGAAUAUUUACAGCACGGUAUUGAUGAGAAGUCCAGAAUACGCUGGAGUGGGUGUUCUGCUACAAGCUUGCUUAUUACUGAUGAACAACCAACCACACCUACAGAUGGCUCUGGAGAUGCUACAGAUACAACAUGCUCAAAAUGUGGCAAAAUAUUUGUGGCCAAUGCAGGCAAUGUUGAGGCUUACAUCUUUCAUAAUAACAAGGCUUUCCCUUUAACCACCCUUCAUACACCUAACCUUCAUACUGAAAAAGAGCGAGUGUUAUCUGUCGGUGGAAAGAUAAUACAAAACAACAGACACCCAUGCGUGAAUGGAAUCUUACAAACUACAAGAGGCUUAGGUAACCAUGGUGACCCUGAGUUACGAGCGAGUGUUAUAUCUCAUCCCUCUACUGCCUCGUGUGUUAUAAACGAAGAUAGUCAGUUCGUUGUCAUGGCCACCUCAUCUUUGUGGAAGUUAUUGGAUAUCAGGAAUGUAACGAAGAUCAUCAAAUCUACAUUCCUCUCAUCAACAACAGAUGAACAUCCUGUCCCGAUGAGGACGAUUUACAAACAUUCUAAACAUGGAUCCUCUGAGGAGGAGAGGAGUGGAGGAGAGAGUGAGAGUGAAGAUGCUCUGGAGAGGAAACUUACGAGUAUUGUGGAAACGGACGAAGACAAUUGUGACGAAAUAGAAGAAGUUAUUAUCGUACAAGGAAGCGAAGACGACGACGUUUCGACACAACUAAGCGUCCGUGACGAGCAUACGACUGUGGAGAAGUUGUCAACGAUUGGUUCAGAGCAUGAGAGUGAAGACUAUUCGCAACAGUAUCAUCCAAAUUUGAACGAAGAAAGCGCUCGUAUGGCGCAACUUAUAAGUGAAAGGCUUGUGAAAGCAGCCUUAACUGCUGGCGCAGUUGAUAAUGUGUCUGUUGUGGUUGUUUUAUUGAGAAAAGACUUCACCUAACGUACCCGUGCAGCGGCAAUUGGCCAACCCUGGUCUAAAUCGCACGCCAGCUGAUGUGGACCCCAAAUUGACGUUGACGUAAGAACUUCCAAAUUAAAUAAAGUGGCUUAUUAUAUUUAUGAUUUUAAUUUUUUUUGAUUUUUUUGAAUCUUUAUAAUUUUUCAACACUUUUUGUUAAGUUCUGUGCCUUUUCCCAAAUCGGUAAAUUUUAAGAAGCUAUACCAUGUAUGUACAACAGUUAACAGAGGGCGCUCGUGAUAUAAACCGGCGAGUGUUUCCCCAUGCGUCAAUAUACAGAUUAAUAAAAACAAAUCAGUAAUGAUGAUUGUCAUGUAUUUACAUUAUAUCUGUUUCAACAUCUGUUAUUUUUAAUGCGUUACAGAUUUACGUAGUUUUAUUGGUUAGUUUUAACACGUAUCCCUAUAUACCGUGUUUGGUACAAAACAUAUCAUUUCCCAUCACUCUGGUUGCACAAGACAUUGCAGCACUUAAUGAAUUAACAUUCGAUUGAUUAUUUCGU